AAUAUAAAAACUCUUAUUUUCAGAGCUGCAAUAGAAGAAAAAUAUGCCAAGGAGCUGCUGGGUUUGUCCAAGAAAGUGUGUGGACACAGUGAAAUGAACACCCUGAAACGAUCGCUUGAUGUUUUCAAAUUACAAACAGAAAGUGUGAGUUUGUCCCAUCUGCAUUUGGCCCAAACCAUGAGGGAGGAAGCAAAAAAAUUUGAAGACUUCAGAGAGAAACAGAAAGAGGCCCGAAAGAAGGUAGAACAGCAUAUGGAUGCUCUUCAUAAGCAGAAGGUCGCUCAGUAUAAGAAAACGGCUGAGGCGAAGAAGACUUAUGAGCAAAAGUGUCGAGAUAAAGAGGAAGCAGAACAGAAUAUGAACAGAAACGCUACCACUAGCAGUUCCAAGCAGCAAGAAAAGCUGUACGCCAAAACACAGCAAGCCAAGCAGACGGCAGAGGAAGCCGGUAAGAAUCAGUGUGUCACCAGCGAUGAGCUCUAUGAGGAAGUGAGGAAGUCACUGGAGCAAUGUAACAUUCAAGAAGACAUUGAGCAUUUUAUCAACCUCAGACGAACUGGAGACAAACCACCAGCACCUGUUCCAUAUGAAAACUUCUACAAUAAUCAGAGAUCGGUUCCCACUCGUUCACUUCCCACAGCUGGCAGGAGAGCAGCAGCACCUCCACCACCAACUGCAAGAAGUGAUCCUUUAUACUCAACCGUAGCAGAGCCAGGGUACAGCCUAAUACGAUACUAAUAAGAUCGUGACUCGUCUUUGCAAGCCCUUCUGCUGCUCAAUGGGAAUAUAGUGAAGGCAUUAGUGACUUUUUUUUUUUUUGC